AUGUACGGAGUAACAAUGCGUCAUCAGCCUCCAGUCCGGCUCAGGCACCACCUCAACCUCAACUUCAAUGUUCAACACCACCAACUAGACCUGUUGACAUCCAAAAUCACCAGCGACAUUGAUCAAUUCCCACCGGCAUCUCGCCCGCACCUGCGACAAAGACUCAACCCGUUCGACUUGCGAGUUCAAAAAAGCGCACUCGGCACGCCGCGCAGACGACAUCCUGCGCCAAGUGCGCUCUACACCUCCGCUUCACCAGCUGAGCUCCAAACAUACAUCGAGCUGAUGCAAAUGGCCACGUCCACACAAUUGAACCCUGUGACUUUCCACGACAAGCUAUAA